AUGGCUCAGAUCAAGAAGCAGCUGAUUGUUUUUGACUUUGACUGGUCGCUGGCCGACCAAGAUACCGAUCGCUGGAUUUUUGAAGUCCUUGCACCAGACCUCAGACGUGAGAUGAAGGACGAGAAGGAGGCUAUCAAGAAGAACAAAGAACUUCAGGCCCGUCUUCAACAGACUCUUCCUGCUGGUCAGAUGCCCAGUGAUUCGAUCAAAAAUGCUCUGAGAGUGAUGCCUUUCCAUCCUGCCAUGGUUCGGGGGGUCAGGUACCUCAAGGAAGCUGAAUCACCCAAGACGACGUUUUUCUGCCUCUCGAACUCUAACCAAGUCUUUAUCGACACCAUCCUCGAGAAACAAGGACUCUCCGAUCUCUUCGACGAGAUUGUGACGAACAAGGCCUCAGUGACGGACGAGGGUCUCAUCCACCUUCGUCCUCGGAUUGACCCGGAAGCUGGUGGAGUUCCCCACUCGUGUCAGGUCGGCUGCAACCCUAACAUGUGCAAGGGUGAUGAGCUAAAGGAAUUCCUCCGAAAACGCGAGGAGCGCGGGGAGACUUUUGAUCGUGUCAUCUACGUCGGCGACGGGUCGAAUGACUACUGCCCUGUCCUACGUCUGCGCGCCCAGGACUUGGUCUUAUGUCGCCGCUUUAGAGGACUGGAGGGUCGCCUCGAGAACGAGGGUCGUCUUGGUCAGCCAGGCAGUAUCGUCAAGUGCAGCGUGAUGAAAUGGGCUGGUGCUUGGGAGGUUGAAGAAAUCUUCAAGCAGAAGCUUUGA